AUGACGAUGUACAAUAUUCUGGGAGCUGUCAUGGCUACUACAGCCCUUCUACCGUUUUUACGAGCCCAGCCUAACACCCCACCAAGAUUCAUUGAUACGCAGUACACCGCGACACUAGAUGAGAACAAGCCAGUUGGAACAAAUGUGCUACAAGUGUCAGCGGUAGAUAACGAUAGAGAUCAAAUCAUGUACGAACUUGGUAGCAAGGCUGCGGGUAGAUUCAAAAUCAACGUUGUUACUGGGCAAAUAACGUCACUGGUUGUCAUUGACAGAGAGGCCCUAAGCAACGAUCGCUUAGAUUUCAACGCGUAUGCCUACGACAAUGUGACAGGGCGAGGACAACGGGUGAAUGUACCCGUGUCAGUGGUGAUAACAGACGUCAAUGAUAAUAAACCUGUCUUUACUGAAACGCCCUACAAAAUGUCCAUCCAAGAGAAUGUGCUUGGAAGUACUGGAUUUGCAACGUCAGCUACUGAUGCGGAUAAUGGACGAUUUGCUCUUAUUACGUAUUCCAUUACUGGAGGAAAUGCGGAGAACAAGUUUGGUAUUGGUCCUUACACUGGAACAGUGAGUGUCAUCGAAAGCGUGGAUUACGAGACGAAAAAUAAUUAUACUCUAACCAUUACUGCUGCGGAUGGAGGAGGGCUUACUGCUGUGACGAGUCUCGAUGUUGAGAUUCAAGAUGUCGAUGACCUUGCUGCUGUAUUCUCUCCAUCAUCUUACUCAGCCACCACGUCUGAGAGCGCAUCUAAAGGUGUCUACGUUACCACGGUAACGGCACGUGAUGGGGAUCUGUCUCUUGGCGCGCCCGUGUCGUAUCUUGUCGAUCAAGGUAUAACAAUUGAAUGUUCUCAUUAUUUGAAGGCCAAAUCCACCAUUCACAAAGCCGUCUUUGCGACAGUAAUCAUCACCAUAUCCGAUGUCAACGAUAAUGUCCCAAGGUUCACUGUUGCACCCUACCGGGGAUCCGUCCCCGAGAACUCCCCCACCGGGCUGACUGUCCUACGAGUUUCAGCACAAGACGCUGACUYGGGCAACAAUGCUGUAUUUGAGUACUCCCUCGUUGGGGCUGCGUCGACAUUCAUCGUAACGAGUGCCGGCGAUAUUGUGGUCAGCGGUGCUAUUGAUCGAGAGACUCAAGACACCUACAGCUUCGAGGUCACUGUCACAGACGCUGAUAUUGGUCUAAAUGCAGACAUACGUUUUAGUUUGGUACCAGACUCCAGCAACCAUUACAAACAGUUCUUAAUCGACCCAAUUAGUGGUGUGCUCAAGACGAUGACUACCUUUGACCGCGAAGAGCUUGGUACCUACAAUCUAAUAGUUAGAGUUACAGAUCAACCUGUCAGUGGACAAGGAAGGUACGUACUGGUGGUCAGGGGUAUACGACUAAAAACAUAAAUAUCAACAAAAACAAGUCAUAUUUUGCUCUUUUCUUCCAGCGGUGUUAUCACGACUGUCAAAACACUAGACCGAGAAUCUGUAUCAAACUAUACUCUUGGUAUCCAAGCAACCGAUGGUGGAGGGAAGUCGGUGACGUCAUUUUUGAUACUCUUGGUACAAGACGUAAACGAUAACAAGCCAGUGUUCUSUCAUCCUGGAGGGUACGUGUUUGCUGUGAAUGAAGGAUCCAUAAGAUUAGAUGUUGGUACUGUUAAGGCCACCGACCGUGAUGAGGGAUUAAAUGCUAACAUUGUAUAUUCUCUCAAAGCUGUUCAAGACUAUACUAAGUUCACCAUCGACAGCACAAGGGGUAUUAUAAAGACGGCUGCCAUCUUGGACCGRGAAACCGUCAAAACCCACUCAAUACAAGUUCUUGCGCAAGACUCGGGCUCCCCGAAACUCUCGGCAGAAGUUGGUGUGACUGUCAACGUUACGGACAUCAAUGAUCACAGGCCCAAGUUUGGUCAGCGGAGUUACACAGUAACAGUGCUGGAAAAGAGUCCUCCGCGAGUGAUUCUGACUGUUUUGGCAACUGAUGCGGACCUUGGCAUCAAUGCGCACCUAUCCUACGUCAUCGAAAGUGGUAACCUUGACAACAGCUUUGUUAUCAACCGCGAUACCGGUGCCAUAGCAACAACGAAAGCGCUAGAUAGAGAAAAAAGAGCGUCGUACUCAUUGUUAAUCACUGUGUCGGAUCUCCAUGGCAACGAGGCUGCUGGAAUACCCCUUAAAGAUUCUGCUAUUGUUGAAGUCACGAUACAGGACAUCAACGACAACAAACCAGUCUUUUCCAAGUCACUCUACUCCCUGACCAUACCAGAGAAUGUCGCAAUAGGUAAAGAUAUCCUCAAAGUCCAGGCAAUAGACUUAGACGAAGGGAGAAACCGCGAUCUAUAUUAUAGUAUUGUCAGCGGUAACUCCCCUGAAAGGUUCUUCAUUGAUGCAUCUAGUGGGAUUCUCUAUGUAAAGAGUGCCUUGGAUAGAGACCCUCCAAGAAGCGAGAUUUCAUUUAAUCUAAAGGUCGUCAUUAGUGUAUCUGAUGUCAACGACAGUCCUCCUGAAUUCACUUCCGAAACGUAUACCGUUUUUAUUCCCGAGAACAUUACUUCCGGAACAGUCAUUCUCCAACCGAGCUGCGUAGACAGAGACCUGGGUUCUAAUGGACAAAUAUCUUACUCUAUAUCUUCAGGAAACGAAGAGUCUCCUGUCAAGUUYGCUGUAGAUCGUGACAAUGGGCGCUUGUCAGUUUCUAGUGGAUUUGACUAUGRCGUCAGCAGAAAGAAAUACACCCUGAUCAUCACCGCAAAGGAUUCUGGACAGCCUUCUCUUACAGGAAACGCGACCGUGAUUGUGAAUCUUGAAAACGUCAACGAUAAUACUCCAGUGUUCAGCCAGAGAGAAUACCUCUUCACAGUACAAGAGGGCUCGUACACCAACAACGACAAGGCUAUUGGUAAGGUCACCGCGACUGAUUCUGACAAUGAUUCUGAGAACUCUCCUUUUGGACGAGUCAUUUACAGCUUCAUCAACCAAUCGAGUUACUAUAGAGACCAUCACUGGCCGCUGACCACACUAGACAACGGGCUCAACACCAUUGAUAUCAGUGGGGGUGUGACUGCACGUGCAGUUGGUAGUGCAACGAUUGAAGCAGAUCCUUAUCUUGGUAACGUGAUUUCAUUGAGUGGCUCUGAGGCCUGGAUACGAGUUGGGGAUUUUGAAAAUCAAUGUAUUAGUGAUCCUUCACGUUGUGCUGAUGGCCUAACCGUAGCGUUUUGGUUGCUGUUCCGUGGAGGCCGCUACAUUAUCUCCUCCGGUGGACAAUCUCAGUUUGGUUCAGGAUUYGCUUUUUAUUACACCAAGGAAACUGGAAAAUAUUCACUUCUCUUGGCGACUUUCAGUCAGAAAUGGGAGAUAACAUUGCAUUCGAUUCCCUUGACGUGGUUUUAUGCAACAUUCACAUGGAAUAGCCAAUCAGGACUCAGAUACUACGAAAAUGGACUCUUAGUCCAGUCCUCCUCGGUCAGCACGAGUGUGUCACGUGCUUCGGAUGCAUUUACAGUUUUAAGUAUUGGAAAACCAAACAACAUCGAUAAACUCGAUUACUAUGGUAACCUGAGCAUCAGCGAUCUGAUGAUUUGGAAAAAGGAGCUUAUGGCUGAAGAGGUGCUUCAUUCGUAUCGCAUAUCACGUCACGUGACCGGCAAACCAAUGCCUACGUUACCUCAAUAUAUUGGUUCUUUUGACAUCAGCCCAACAACGGGUGAAAUAAAAGCAGUUGGCUUACUAGAUAGAGAAACAAAGCCAAAUUAUACCUUAGAUGUGGCAGCCACAGACAUGGACCCAGUCAAACCGCGGCGAAAUACGUYCGUGGUACUUGUAGAGGUCCUGGAUACUAAUGACAAUGCUCCAGUGUUUAGUCAAGAGAGUUACGUCACAACUAUGGUAGAACACUCGGCACCAGGCCACACCGUUAUUCAGCAUAAAUAUUUUGAUAUCUUUCCUAUUAAGGUUCACGCAUCAGACAGAGACAGUGGUACCAACAGUAAUAUCUCUUACAGUAUCGUAAGCGGAAACAYAGAUUUAGGAUUCACAAUCAAUAGUAAUACUGGGGUCAUCAGCCCUGCAAAAGACAUCGAUCGAGAAAAAAUACAGCAGUAUUUACUUGGCGUCCAGGCUAGGGAUGGCGGAAGUCCAUCAUUACAGGCAACUGUACAGGUUACCAUUAAUAUUGGGGAUAUCAACGACAACACACCAGUCAUUACUCCAUCGACGUACAGCGCAAACGUGUUGGAGAAUAAACCUCCGGGGCAAGUUGUUCUCAAGCUUUCUGUGUUGGACCCAGACCACUUAUUGAACGGACAGAUCGCCUUCACUGUGAACAGCGACAAUUUUGUUGUAAACGACACUAAUGGUGAACUACUUACAACACGAGAGCUGGAUAGAGAAAUCAAGUCUAACUACGACCUGACUAUUACUGCAAAUGAUAAAGGAAGCCCACCAAAGUCGUCUUCGAUAAAGGUUCGUGUAACUGUACUCGACGAGAACGACAACGUCCCUCAGUUCACCAAGUCACUCUACCAAGCUCUUAUCGUGGAAAACAUGACACUUGGUUCUCAUAUACUACAAGUCUCUGCUACUGAUCCUGACCAGGGUAGUAACGGGGACAUUGCCUAUUCUAUCAAAGGUAGUGACGGAAUUUUUGUCAUCAAUGAGACAUCAGGUGUAAUUAGCGUGAUUUCAUUGGUCGAUCGAGAGGCAAGGCCAGGUGGAUUCUCUCUCACUGUUACAGCACGUGACCAUGGGUACCCAAAACCAAACGUCGCCACAGCCCGCGUUAACAUUACAGUCUCAGACAUCAACGACAACAAACCUAGAUUUCACAAGUUUACGUACAUGGGUGUGGUCCGUGAGGACAGUGACAUUGGUGCAGUGGUGGUAGAAGUGAGGGCAACAGAUAACGACGAUGGUUUGGCCGGAAUGAUUCUAUACUCCAUAACUGGAGGCAACCCUGGUGGCUUGUUUGCAAUUCUCAACACAUCCGGGAAUAUCACUGUUGCUAAACCACUGGACAGGGAGACUAGGGGCGCGUAUGAGCUUCAGGUGACGGCAACCGAUCGAGCAGCGGAACCCAAGUCAUCUACAAUAGAAGUAGACAUCACUAUCACAGACGCUAAUGACAAUCGUCCCUCGUUUAUUAACGUGCCUUCAAAUAUCCUCGUCAGUGAAUCAGCCUUAUCUGGCACGCCUGUCUUUACAGUAAUAGCCACUGACCAGGACCUUGGCAUCAACAGUCAAGUUAGCUACUCAGGGUACUCCCCUGAGGGUAAAUUUGUCAUUGAUGCUCAGUCAGGGGUUGUAAACACUGUUGGGAGUUUGGAUUACGAAGAUGUUAAAAAAUACGUGUUUUAUGUCAUUGCUAUGGAUAAAGGCACACCACAACUUAACAGCACUACAUUGCAACUCAAUAUUACCAUAGUGGACGCUAACGACAACAAUCCACAGUUCACUAAGCCAGCUUAUAAUACGAACAUAUCWGAGGCUGCGCAGAUAGGAGAUGACGUCAUCCAUGUAUCAGCAACCGAGAAGGACUCGGGCCUAGGGUCUGUUGUUAGUUAUAAUAUCUCUGCGGGGGACCCUGGUAGUAAUUUUGUCAUUGCCCACUCCUCGGGACAGAUUAAAGUCAGCAAGAGCCUCGAUCGAGAGAGCCAAUCAACGUAUACUUUACUAGUGACCGCAAAGGAUGGUGGGACUCCUCCAAGAUUUGGACAGGCAACGGUAACUAUUCGUGUGAUUGACGUCAAUGACCGACCUCCAAUCUUCAAAUUCACAAAAUAUCAAAAAGAGUUUCCAGAAGACACCGCGGUAGGAAGUACUGUACUGAAAAUAGAAGCACUGGACGAAGAUACACCUGAUAAUACUCUGUUGAUUUAUACAAUUGUUGACGGACAAAUCGGCGGCCAUUUUGUGAUCACAACCGAAAAGAAUGACGGGAAAUAUACAGGUGUAAUUAAAGUGGCGAAACCGCUGGACAGGGAAACCACAGAUCUCUUUAACUUGAACGUUUCUGUAUCCGACGGAUUACAUAUGGGAUACACAACAGUGGAGUUUCGUCUUAGUGACGUCAAUGAUCGCAAACCCGAGUUUAAUUCAUCUGCUAAUUAUACUGCAGAAGUUGCCGAGAACACUCCAGGUGGAUUACUGGUCAUCCAGGUGACCGCUACUGACGACGACCUGGGAUCUAGUGCUGUCAUAACGUAUUCUAUUGCAGGAACGGUGGGUAGAUUCGUAAUCAGUGAAAAAACUGGAGAAAUAAGAACAAGCUCUUUGCCAUUGAAUCGAGAAACAAAGUCAUUUUAUACGCUUAAAGUAACUGCGUCUGACAAGGGAGGAAACCAAGGUUUUACAGAUGUUUUUGUUCGAGUCCUUGACAAGAAUGACAAUUCCCCAGUAUUCAACCCUUUGUCUUAUACAGUCACACUGACCGAAGGACCCAACACAAGUGGAGUGUUUGUUACUAAUGUUAGUGCUACAGAUGGCGACGAAGGAAUAAACCAGUUAAUAGAGUAUUCUAUUGUCUCAGGAAACAUUGACGAUGUGUUUACAGUUGAUAGUAGAAAGGGAGAAAUACACACCUCGAAGAAUGUUGACAGAGAAGCUGAAGGAAUAUCAAUAGAUAAUCUAGAAAGAGGGGUGUACCGACUGACCAUCAGGGCCCGUGACCAUGGCAACCCUGCUCAGUCAAGCACCGCGCUCGUUACUGUGCAAAUUCUGGAUAUSAAUGACAACCCGCCAGUUUUCCCGCCAAAAGGAUACAAGACGAUGAUCUCUGAAGGAGCCAAGGCUAAUCAAGACGUCAUUGCUGCCAUAGCAACCGACAAAGACGCGGGAGGAAACAGGAAAUUGAUGUAUGAAUUGAUAUCUGGCAACACUGGAGGGGAUUUUACGCUUGAUCCAGACACGGGUAUGAUCAAAACAGCAAGAAACCUAGAACGAGAGCAGACAUUCUUGUACAAUCUGACUAUUGGAGCCGCUGACCAAGGGAAACCUUCCUUCUCAGCAACGACACGAGUUGAAAUCACUGUGGGUGACAUCAACGACAACAGUCCUGUCUUCAACCAACAGAACUAUUCAGCAUCUGUGUACGAAAACAGCCCCGUGGGGACCCAUCUGGUGAACGUAAAGGCUAGUGAUGCUGACAGUGGACAGAAUGCUUAUAUCAGUUAUAGCAUCACAAGUGGGGAUCCUAUGAAAGUGUUUGGUGUUGUAACUAAGGUACACAACCAUGGAGAGUUAGUUGUUCAAGGUAAUGUAGAUCGCGAGGUAAAGGAUAUUUACAACUUGACCAUAACAGCACGUGACGGAGGAGUACCACUCUCUAGACACGCUGAAGCAUUUGUGCUARUAACAGUAUUCGAUCGCAACGAUAACUCGCCCCAGUUUUCCAGUAGCUCCUACUCGGCUUCAAUUGAUGAGAACUCGGGUCCAGGGACACCCGUUCAAAUGGCUAGCCCAAUCAAGGCAACGGAUCGUGAUACUGACAUCAAUGCAGAGAUUCGCUAUCAUCUUAAUGGUACAGAGGCUAGACAGUUCACUAUCGACCCUCUGACGGGAAUAAUCACGACUAGGAGUACCCCACCACCUACCCUUGACCACGAAGGCACGACAAACUAUACAUUCCACGUGGUCGCUGUUGAUAGGCGGGGUACUGCUCAUGCGUCGUUUGCUCGUGUUACUAUAGACAUUCUCGACACCAAUGACAACACCCCAAUAUUCAAUCCUGGUUCUAGAACUGUAACAAUCACUGAGUCUUCUCCUAUUGGUUAUUCCGUUUCCAUAGUAACGGCUACUGACCCCGACUCGGAUAUCAAUGGUCGUAUUUUUUAUUCGAUUAACUCUGGUUCCGAGGGAAAGUUUGAGGUUGGUCGAGUAGAUGGGGUUAUUCGCGUCAGUGCAGCACUAGAUCGAGAGAGUAAAGAAGAGUAUACUCUAAAUAUAUCCGCCAUAGAUGGAAGUUAUUAUCCUAACGAGGGAUACGGCACGGUUAUAGUCAAGCUACAGGACAUUAACGACAAUAAACCAAUGUUCGCCAAGCCUGUGUUCAGCGUCAACGUUCCCGAGGAUACCCCUGUGGGGACUGUCAUUGUCAAUGUUACGGCCUUUGAUUCUGACUUCGGUACGAACGCUUUACUAACAUAUAGAAUGAAUCACCAAGGAUUCAGGAUAAAUACACAAACAGGCUCGGUAUCGACUACACAAAAACUAGACCGCGAAACAACACAGAUUUACUCCUUUAUGGUGACCGCGCGUGAUGGUGGAGGAAUGGAAUCGAGUGUGUCUGUGAACGUGGAGAUUGGUGACGAGAACGACAACUCGCCCCAGUUCCCUACCAAUCAAUAUCAGACUGAUAUUAUGGAUAAGACAUCAGUAGGGACUAUAGUACUAUCAGUGAAAGCCGAGGACCGCGAUGUCGGUGAGAACGGACGAGUGACGUAUUCUAUUGUUACAAGCAAAGACGAUCUGUUUGCUGUUGAGCCCAACACAGGCUUGAUCACUGUAGUCAAAGCCAUCAACCGUCUACAGUUGGCCCAGACAGGUGUAAUCAACGUCAAUGGCUCAUUCAUCUUUAAGAUACAAGCCCGUGACCACGGCACCAGUCCUCGCUCGUCCAAUGUGACGGUUGUCAUCAAUAUCAUUGACUUGGGAGAUGAUAGCCCCGUGUUUAACAGUUCCUCGUACUUGGUGAACAUACGUGAGAAUCAACCCACAGGGACUGAAGUGGUUCGACUGCGCAUAACAAAACAACGACCAGGAACGACGCUGACCUAUAGUAUCGUGUCUUCACAGAAUGCUUUCACUAUUGACAAGAAUACAGGAGUGAUUUCAACGACAUCUUCACUCGACCGAGAAACACGUGAUUACUACAUAAUAACAGCACGAGCCACAGAUAAUGGCCAAACUCCUCUUUCUGGCUAUACCUCAGUAGUUAUACAUGUUACAGAUAGCAACGACAACGCGCCAGAGUUCCAGUUCCCCGCUCCUUACAAGAUGACCGCGCGUGAGGAUUCUCCCCUGGGCACUAAUGUAGGGCGUAUGAAAGCACUUGAUAACGAUGAAGGUGACAACAGAGAGUUUGAGUAUGCCAUCACACACGCAAAUAUUGGACCUGGCCUAAAAAUAAUAUCAAUCAACAAAGAAUGUGCCACGCCCCUUGGGUUGACCAACGGUGACAUCAGAGCCAGUGACAUCACAGCUACGUCAUCCUAUACAGUCCCUAAUGAAGACUACUCGCCAACUCAGGGCCGACUGAACAACAAACCAUUCAAUCAAGCGGGGAUUACGUACAAGGGAGCGUGGUGCGCCUCCAGUAAUAAUGAACAGCAGUAUCUACAGAUAGAUUUAAGAGGCAUGCGCAAAGUGACCAAAAUUGCUACUCAAGGGAGGCCUGGGUCGAGUGAUUACGUAGGAAGCUACGUCAUAUCCUAUAGUCAGGACGGGACUCAAUAUACCCAACAGAGAACGGUGUUUAAUGGUAAUUCCGAUGCUGAAACGAUCCAAGUAAAUUUUGUUUUACCCGCGUUUCAUGCGCGSUAUGUGCGCAUUCAUCCUCAGUCAUGGAUUGGACGGAUAUGUAUGAGAGUUGAGCUCUAUGGAUGUGAAUCAACAGGGAAAGAUGAAGUCACACUGCCUUUCAUCAUCGAGCCGUUCAGUGGUUACAUCAACACGUCAGCUAAACUCGACCGCGAACAACAGGACGUCUUCACACUUAUUAUUCAGGCCAAAGAUAAAGGAAGCCCAUCCUUGAACAGUACGACAACGGUAGAGAUAUCGAUUACCGACACCAACGAUAAUAAACCAGUGUUUAGCAAGAGUGUUUACCAUGCAUCAGUACCGGAAAACGCUUAUGGUGGUUAUCAGGUCAUCAGAGUAACGGCUACAGAUGCAGACAUAGGAAUAAACGCACAACUAAAGUACAGCAUAGUAAAUGGAGGGGAUGAAAGGUUCAUCAUUGAAGAUACAUCCGGGAUAGUUCGUCCAUCUGGUUACCUUGACUACGAGUCCAUGUCAAUCAAAUACUUUGUCCUGAAUAUCUCAGCCAGUGAUGGAGGUCAGCCCCAGUUCUCCUCAACAACCCUCGUGAACAUCAGUGUAACAGACUUCAAUGACAAUAAACCAGUUUUUAACUCAUCAUCGUAUUCAGCUGAGGUGAUGGAAACGGCGUCUGUUGGUGAUAGGAUAACUACUGUUACUGCGAUGGAUAUGGAUGCGGGGAUUAAUGCAUUGAUUACUUACAGUUUGUCUGGAGAUAUCGACACAUUCAGUGUUGUACCGAAUACUGGUGAAAUACGGUUAACAAAGUCUAUUGAUCGCGAGAAAAAAGACCAAUACAAACUGACUAUCACCGCAUCCGAUGGUGGAACACCAACAUUAUCCUCAAAAACCCAUCUAACCAUUGACGUGCUUGACGUAAACGACAACCCUCCGGUAUUCACGUCCCGAGUAUAUGCGCGCACAAUGUCCGAGGGUGUGGCAGUCGGUACGAUUGUAAUAACAGUACAAGCUAAUGAUGCCGAUGUUGGUGUUAAUGGUCGGGUAAUGUAUCAAAUUCUCCAUGGCAACGCUGGUGAUUUAUUCGAGAUCGAUGACGUAACAGGURCAAUUCGAUUGGCUAAGCCGUUAAACCGAGAAACAAACGCGACAAUAAAGCUAACUGUGCUUGCAAAGGAUCAAGGGAAGGAUAAUCAGUUUAGUGACCAGGCGGAAGUCGAGAUUGUCGUUACAGAUGUGAAUGAUAAUGCGCCGGUCAUUCGACCGAGAAAAAUGACAGCUUCUGUUCCUGAGAAUUCCAUAGUAGGAACAUUUGUAUUGGAUGUUAACGCUACCGAUGAAGACAUUGAUUAUAACGGUCACGUGACCUAUGCUAUCAUGCAUGGAGGCGAUGGGAGGUUUGUCAUCAACUCUUCAAGUGGUGUUGUACGAACGACUGGGAGCCUGGAUAGAGAGACCAAAGAUCUUUAUACUCUUAUUGUGAUGGCACGUGACCAAGGAUCAAUACCAUAUAUGGACUUCGGCACUAUAGAUGUUCACGUGAUCGAUAUGAAUGACAACCUGCCUCUGUUUACUUCGAUCUUUGGACCAUUUAGCGUACUCGAGAACCAGGCAACAGGGAGGCUUGUUGGUCGUGUGUUUGCUAAAGAUAAAGAUAUUGGCUCUAACGCAGCCCUGACAUAUGGCAUAUCAGCUGGACCAGGUUCUACAGACUUUACAGUUAAUAGCAAAACCGGAGAAAUUUUCACUGCAAAGUCAUUGGACCGCGAGGCUCUUUCAAGGUAUGACUUGACUGUAAGCGUCACCAAUAAAGAUACCAGUCCCCAGCUGUCAAGCAGUACCGUGGUACGAAUCAAUAUCCUGGACCUGAAUGAUAAAACACCGGAAUUCGUGUCGAAAUUCUAUAACAAAACAAUCUCCGAAGCUUCUCCCAGUGGGACCUCCGUGGUAACGGUGUCCGCGUUUGACAAGGACGAGGGAACGAAUGGUCGUAUCCUCUAUCGUAUUCGUCACGACCUCAGCAGUAGUAAUUCAGAUGUCUUCAAUAUUAAUGCUGAAUCAGGGAGUAUGACCUUACAAGUUCAAAUCGAUGAUCAUGAAUAUCGCUCCUUCACUGUGAUGGUUGAAGCAAAAGACAUGGCCCCGUCACAGGCCCUCUCAUCUGUAGUGCCUGUUUACGUUAUCAUUGAUGACGUCAAUGACAACUCUCCUGUGUUUAGCAAUAAGCUUUACAGCGUGCAAACAUCAGAGAGCACUGCAGUUGGAACAGCAAUCGCUCAAAUCUCUGCUAGUGACAAAGACAUUGGACCUAAUGGAAAAUUGACGUAUAAACUGAUCAGCGGUAACGAGCAAGGUAAUUUUAGAAUCAAUUCAAGUUCAGGUGUCAUUGCUGUUAACUCGCCCAUCGAUCGAGAGACCAACGCCUCGUACAAACUGAUCGCGGGCGCGUUUAAUGAUGAAAUUCUUGCUUUUAACAAUACGAGAUCUAGAAGACAAGUGAAGAAAAACAUCGACGACUCUGGUCAUCUGUACGAUACGACGCAGGUGGACAUCGUGCUGCUGGAUGUGAAUGAUAACGCGCCGGUGUUCAUUCGUCCACUGUUUGUUGGAGGGAUACCCGAAGGAGCAGAACUAAAUACUUACAUCAUGACAAUAUCAGCUACUGAUGCUGACGCUGGUAAUUUCAGUACUGUAUCAUACCGCAUUAAGUCAGGCAACGAGGCAGGAUACUUCAGUUUGAACACACAAACUGGUCAAAUAUUCUCUGCGAGCCUCUUCCAGAAUAAGAAAGGUCAGCGGUUUACCUUACGAAUUGAUGCGUUUGACAAUAAUGGCAGAGAUCCAUCCAAUCAAGUAUCAGCACCAGCACUCGUCAGGAUAUUCGUUUUACUGGAGGAACAGCGAGUUACUCUAAAAGCCGGAGUCCCUCCGACUCUCAUCGAGGAAAAUCGAGAUGAAUUCGUGAGUGUGUUGAGUAAUAUUACUGAGGCAGAGGUUUACAUCGAGCAAGUGUUUAAAGUAGAUUCAAUCAAUGCCAAGGGAGAAAAGGUUGUGGAAUCAAAGGUUUUGUUUCACGCGGUGAAAGAAUCGACGCAAGUUAUCAUGACUAGUGAUGAGGUUAUAAGGACCAUCGAUAGGUAUAGGAGUCAGCUGGAAACAAUGUACGCCAAGUGGAAGAUCAAAGCCGUCACACCCCGACCAAGAACAGGAGGCGAAACCAACACCCUCAGUGAUGCCGUGCUCGCCCUCAUUAUCCUGGGGUCUCUCGUGGUCUUACUUCUGAUUAUCAUCCUCAUUUGCGUCAUCAAAUCUCGCUGCAGUUCUGAAAAACAAGAAAUGUACCGAUCUCCUGAGCCCGCAAGACGAUUCGCAACAGGACAGCGCAUUAACCGUGCACCCUCGUGGUCCUCUUAUGAUGACGUUGUUACCAUUGGUACAGACAAGGAAAUAACGACUAUAAGAAUGCAGCCUGAACGCGACAGCUCCUUUAAUAGUACACGUAGUGGUCGUCAUGGUAACACCUAUUCGUCAUACCUACUGAACAAAAAGAGAUUGAGCCAAUCAGCAGACGACAAGAUCUGGAGCGAAGGUGAUUACUAUUUACAGGACUCCAAGACUGACUCGUAUCUCGAUGACGACGGAGGCUCAAACAAAAGUGACGUCAGUYGCCCCAGUACCUCUCGUAGUCCACGGGACACUGCACUGACAGCCGAAGGAAUGCCAAACACUAAGGUGUAAAUAGUUGUCAUUUAUCCAUGGCAAUAGAAGUGCACCGCAGACCUAAAGAUUCAUAAUGUCAUUCAAGGAUUGCCACUGAUAAUGUAUAAUAUUUCCCCCCUGUAUUUUGCAUGUUCUUUAUUUGAAUAUUCCCCUUCACACUUCCCUGCRCCAUCUUGAAAGGUAGUCGUG